UCCGAUGGCCUAGUGCGUAGUGGGUAGUGGGUGGUGUGGGGUGAACCUCUGUUGUUUUGUUUGGGUUUGGGUUUGGUUUGAGGUUUUAGGAAAGGAAAAUACAUCUCUCUCUCUCUCUCUACAUUUAUAUUUGUUUCCAUUUCUUACCGAGGAAGAGAGAACGGGUAAAUAAAAUGCCAUCUGAUCCGAACCUAUCGUCAACCCCCACAGUCCACUGCCCCGCUGCGUGGUCUUGCGCAGUAAAACUACUCCGCUUCGCUCCUUCAAAUGAUUUACCCCUUCUCGCUUACUUAUAGGGCUUUUUUUACUUUAGACCCUACAAUUUGCGGGGGCACUCCAUAGAUUUGAAGUUGGAGAAGCUUUAGCCUUCUCUCUAAUCCCCUCCCGAUGGUUCCUCUUUCCUGAAUGAAACCAGAGAGAUUUUUCAUAGGUAAGACAGUGAUCUUAGGAAAUGGCCAAGUCAAGGCCACAUUUUCCUGCACAAGAUGUGUUGGCGUCUGCCCCGGCAGCAGUGAGGUCCAGAGAAUGGGAGGGUCCAUCAAGGUGGACGGAAUACUUGGGCCCAGACGUAGAAUCCAGGAAUAAUGGCAGAGGAGCUGAGGUAGCAGCAAUCCAAAAUUCCAGUGCUUCAUUGCACAAGGGUUUGAACAUGCAAUGGGUGUACCAGCUUACACAUGUCGCUGAAGGGCUAAUGGCGAAGAUGUACAGGUUGAAUCAGAUUCUUGAUUACCCUGAUCUAGUUAAUCAUAGCUACCCCGAAACAUUUUGGAAAGCAGGCGUGUUCCCAAACCACCCCAGAAUUUGUAUCUUACUUGAAAAAAAGUUCCCUGAACACCACAGCAAAUUGCAGCUUGAACGGGUUGAUAAGUUUGCCUUGGAUGCCAUGAAUGAUAGUGCUGAAGUUCAUUUGCAGAGCUUGGAGCAAUGGAUUCAGCUUCUUCUUGAUCUGAUGGCAUUCCGAGAACAAGCUCUGCGCCUCAUAUUGGAUCUGAGCAGUACUGUUAUUACCUUGCUGCCCCACCAAAACGCUCUAAUACUACACGCCUUUAUGGAUCUCUUUUGCUCAUUUGUUCGCGUGAAUCUUUUAUCUGAAAAGAUACCCAGAAAAAUGAUGCUGCAAACUUAUAAUCUUUUGCAUGCUAUGGCACGGGAUGAUCGAGACACUGAUUUUUAUCACAGAUUAAUUCAAUUUGUAGACUCCUAUGAUCCACCAUUGAAAGGGUUACAUGAAGAUCUUAAUUUUGUCAGUCCUCGGAUUGGAGAGGUUUUAGAGGCUGUAGGCCCAAUUAUCUUUUUGUCGACAGAUACAAGGAAGCUGCGGAAUGAGGGAUUUCUAAGUCCAUUUCAUCCUAGAUAUCCCGACAUACUCACAAACUCUGCACAUCCAAUGAGAGCUCAAGACCUGGCUAAUGUUACUUCAUAUCGGGAAUGGGUGUUAUUUGGGUAUCUGGUUUGUCCAGAUGAGCUUUUGAGAGUCACAAGCAUUGACAUCAGCUUGGUUGUGCUAAAGGAAAACCUUGUUUUGACAUUGUUUCGCGAUGAAUAUAUAUUAUUGCACGAGGACUAUCAUUUGUAUGUUUUGCCACGUAUAUUGGAAUCAAAGAAGAUAGCAAAAUCUGGACGAACAAAACAAAAGGAAGCAGAUCUAGAGUAUAGUGUUGCAAAGCAGGUAGAGAAAAUGAUAAGUGAAGUGCAUGAGCAAGCAAUGUACUCUUGUGAUGCAAUACACCAUGAAAGGAGAAUAUUGUUGAAGCAGGAGAUUGGAAGAAUGGUUAUGUUCUUUACAGAUCAGCCAAGUUUAUUGGCUCCUAAUAUUCAGAUGGUAUUUUCUGCUUUGGCCUUUGCGCAAAGUGAGGUGUUAUGGUAUUUCCAGCAUGUUGGCAUAGGAUCUUCUAGAUCAAAAACAGCUCGUAUUGUGCCUGUUGAAAUUGAUCCAAAUGAUCCAACGAUUGGAUUUUUGUUGGAUGGAAUGGACCACCUCUGCUGUCUAGUCCGUAAAUAUAUCGCAGCCAUUCGAGGCUAUGCCUUGUCAUACCUAUCAUCCUGUGCUGGUAGAAUUCGGUUUCUUCUGGGUACUCCUGGAAUGGUGGCUCUUGACCUCGAUGCUACUUUGAAGGGACUUUUUCAAAGGAUUGUUCAGCAUCUAGAAAAUAUACCCAAACCUCAGGGUGAUAAUAUUUCCGCCAUCACAUGUGAUCUAUCGGAGUUACGGAAGGAUUGGCUAUCUGUGUUGAUGAUUGUCACCUCUGCUCGGUCAUCAAUUAACAUUAGACAUUUGGAGAAAGCUACAGUGUCUACUGGAAAAGAGGGCUUAUUAUCUGAAGGAAAUGCUGCAUACAAUUGGUCCAGAUGUGUUGAUGAGCUUGAAAUCCAACUAUCAAAGCAUGGAAAUCUGAAGAAAAUUUACUUCUAUCACCAACAUCUGACAUCUGUUUUCCGUAACACCAUGUUUGGCCCUGAAGGUCGGCCACAGCAUUGCUGUGCCUGGCUAGGUGUUGCUAGCAGUUUCCCAGAAUGUGCUUCACCUAUUGUUCCAGAAGAGGUGACUAAGAUUGGACGAGAUGCAGUUUUAUAUGUUGAAUCCCUAAUCGAAUCUAUCAUGGGAGGACUGGAAGGUUUGAUAAAUAUUCUUGAUUCAGAAGGAGGGUUUGGAUCUCUGGAGAUGCAGCUUCUUCCAGACCAAGCAGCAAAUCUUAUGAAUUUGACAUCUAGAUUAUCUAUACCUUCCGCAAAAUCUCCGAAAGCUUCAUAUGGCUUUCACUUGCCUGGCUAUGAGAGCUAUCCAGAAAAUAAUAAUUCUAUCAAAAUGUUAGAAGCUGCAAUGCAGAGGUUGACAAAUCUGUGUUCAGUCCUGAAUGACAUGGAGCCUAUAUGUGUGCUAAACCAUGUUUUUGUUCUAAGGGAGUAUAUGAGAGAAUGCAUUCUGGGGAAUUUCAAAAGGAGGCUGCUUGCAGUGUUGAAAACAGAUUCUGAUCUUCAGAGACCUUCUGUUCUUGAAUCACUUAUCCGUAGGCAUACCACUAUAGUUCACCUAGCAGAACAACAUGUCAGCAUGGACCUUACACAGGGAAUUCGUGAAAUUCUGCUUGCGGAGACCUACUCAGGUCCAGUUUCUUCUUUACAGUUGUUUGAGAAACCAACAGAUCAGCAGACUGGGACAGCUACAGAAGCUGUGUGCAAUUGGUAUGUUGAAAAUAUUGUUAAGGAUGCAUCUGGUGCUGGUAUAAUCUUUGCACCUCUUCAUAGAUGCUUUAAGAGUACAAGGCCUGUUGGUGGGUAUUUUGCUGAGUCAGUGACGGAUCUCAAGGAAUUGAAAGCGUUUGUUCGCACUUUUGGAAGUUAUGGAGUAGACAGGUUAGACAGGAUGCUGAAAGAGCAUACAGCAGCUCUUCUAAAUUGCAUUGACACUACAUUGAGAGCCAACCGUGAGAUUUUGGAUGCAGUUGCUGGAAGUAUGCAUGCUGGUGACAGGAUGGAAACAGAAUCGAAUAUAAAGCAGAUAAUUGAUAUGGACACUAUGGUUAGGUUCUGCAUUCAGGCAGGACAGGCCAUUGCUUUUGAUUCACUUUUAGUAGAAGCUUCUGGUGUGGUGCUUGAAGAGGGUGCUCCACUCAUUCAUUCAUUGCUCUCUGGUGUUGCUAAACACUUGCCUGAUGAAAUACCUGAGAAGAAAGAGAUCAGGAGGAUGAGAAAAGUAGCAGACACUGUCAAUGUAGGUGGUGAUCAUGACUUUGAGUGGAUUAGAUCAAUACUCGAAGAGGUUAGGGGUGCAACUGAUAGCUCAUGGAGCUUGUUGCCCUAUCUGUUUGCAACAUUUAUGACAUCUUCUAUCUGGAACACCACUGCCUUUAAUGUUGACACUGGAGGCUUCAGUAACAACAUUCAUUGCCUGGCCAGGUGCAUAUCUGCUGUGAUUGCUGGAAGUGAAAUUCUGAGGCUUGAAAGAGAAUAUCGCCAGAAGCAAACUCUUUCAAAUGGCCAUGCCACUGAAUCUUUGGAUCCCGAGGCACAAAACUAUUUGUCGGUGGAGACAAGCAUAAAGUCCACAAUGCAGCUUUUUGUCAAGUUCUCUGCAGGAAUUAUUCUGGAUUCAUGGAGUGAAAGCAUUCGAUCCCACCUUGUGGCAAAGCUGAUGUUUCUUGAUCAAGUCUGUGAGAUCUCACCCUUCUUACCAAGGAGCUCAUUGGAAUCGCAUGUUCCUUACUGCAUUCUGCGCUCCGUGUAUAGCCAAUACUAUUCGAAUUCUUCCACAGCCAUGGCAUCGCUGGGUGCUUCUCCACGCCAUUCUCCUGCUGCUGCUGCUGCCAUGUCCCUGGCGCAUUCUUCUCCAUCAAUGAGGCAGCCCCAUGGUGAUUCAACUCCACAGUCGCACGAUGCUGCAAGUUAUAAUGUCAAGGCGGCGGCUUCAUCUGCUCAUGGCCAAGAUCAUUAUGAGAUGGAAAAUGCAGGCGGCAAAAACCGGAAUGUUCGUCGGUCAGGCCCGUUAGAAUACAGCUUGAGUCGCAAGGCUAAAUUUGCAGAAGGGUCAACAUCUGGAAGCACGGGUCCGAGUCCCCUGCCAAGGUUUGCAGUAUCAAGGUCGGGUCCGGUGUCAUACAAAUGAAAGACAGGAGAGGGGAGGGGAGUGGAGUGGAAACCAAAAUAAUUAUGGUAAAAGAAUGAAUGGAUUUUGUUGUCAUGUGCGGAGGUAAGGCAAGCAGGGCAGGAGUGAGUUGAAGAUAUAUAUAUAUAAAUGGUGGUGGUUGUGAACUGUAACAAUAUCAAUCAAUAUUUGAUGAUGAUGAUGAUGAUGGAAGAUA